UUCAAGUUCAGAACUCGUACCUAUGGCUUCUGAGCUUUGAGCUUUGAUCUUUGGCUCCUAACUACUAUAAAUACACUUCCACCACCGAAAAACAUAGCCACAGCUUAGAGGCUGCUUCUUCUUCUGAUCUAAAUCUCUUCCUUUUGCCCCUUGAAAAUGCCAUAUAUAUUCAACAUGAGAAUUCAAAAUUCUUGUCUACUUCCCAUUGUUCUGAUGAUCAUUCUUGGGCUGUUCCAUUCGGCCAGUUCUCGGCAUAUUGGCCAGCCCAGAAAUGAAGCAGCAGUGCAGACAUUGAGAGCCAAGUUCUCUUCUACAUUCUCGCGCUACUUAUCUGCCAUUCCCAAGUAUUCAGAAGCUGAGAAUCAGAGGAACAGCCUGAAGUACCACACAGUUUCACACCGCCUCGUUCCUGGUGGACCAAACCCCCUUCACAACUGAUCAACUUUCCUGGAAAUCAAACUUUUUCAAGUCUCUUUGAUAUAUAUCGAUGUAACUAUGCUACAAAUUUUUUGCUUCAUCAGCUGGAACUACACUUGCGAGCGCGUGUCAUGGAUAAUUGUGGGAAAAUUUUGAAACUAUAUUGACACAUGAAAAUUUGUGAUGCUCAAAUUCUUUGCCAAUAUAGUUUGGAUUGUUUGAUGAGCUUCCUUUCAGGCCUUAGUUGAAACGGAUUAGAAGAAAGACUACAUCUCUAUAGCUAGCUAGCUAGCAUGAGAAGUAAUGGUAAUUAGCUUAUUUGUCGUCUCCUCUUUUCAUAUCUAUGUUAUUUUUUUAUUAGUUCUUCAUAAAGUGAGAAGUUUUGCAUAUUAAAAAUCCUUAAAAUAAUUUUUUUAUUAUUAAAAAAAUUAAACUAAUAUGAAAAUGACAUUGUUUGUCCAGUAUAAAGCUUAUUUAAUUUUUAUUUUAUUAAUUAAUAAAACUAAACGCUAUAAAACUAUUUAAAAUUUCAUUUUUUUCAUACUAAACAGAAAAUAAAGGUCUCAGUUAGUGACAAUCCUAUCAAUCACUUCACCACAUCUUUAAUUUGAGUGUGUAUUAUCUAUCUAUAAACCCUAAAAUUAGAGUGAGACUGAUCAGAAAGGGACGGGAAGUUUCCAAAGAGGGUUUUGUAGAGACUGGAAGCUGACACUUUCCAAAGAGGGUUUUGUAGAGAUUUUUGUAUUUAUGACAUUGCUGCACUACAAGUAGUAAAAACUCUAGUCUGAAACUGCAACAGCGCGUUGCCACUGAAGCCAUCAAUCAAUCAAAGGAGUAACUUACCCACAGAUCAGACAAUCAUUGGGCAACCAUAAUGCACUGUACAAUGAAUUAAUGCAUAGUUUGGCAGCUGAGCUUAGCCAAGCCAGACUAAUGAAAGCUCGAAACAGACAGCAAGCCAAAGGUCGGAGUCCAUACCCAUGGCUUCUGCAAAAUUUGGUGAUUCCAAGGAAACAGUGGCAUGUUGGACACGUAUGGCAUUCUCGAAUUGCGAAGCGGAAAGCUCUGCCUUACACGCGUGCUUUCGGAGCUCCUUUGUCCCAUUCUCUCCACUCACAGCUCGCUCCACUGAAGCCACAGAGAGCGACCCAAAAGCAGCUCCGAUCGCCGUGAAAUUUGGCCGCCGCCGGCGAAAUGGCGGGGCGGAGGUCGUCGGAUGACUGGCUUCCGCCGGGAUGGACCGUCGAAGUCAAAGUUCGGAAGAACGGGAAGAAAGACAAGUGCUACAUUGAUUCUUCAACUGGACUCAAAUUCUUUUCCAAGCCAGAGGUGUUUCGCUAUCUCAACAACAUAGAGACCUGUUGUUCCAAAUCCCGGCGGAAGAGAAGAGGAACCCGCAAGCUCUCUGCAAUAAACUCGGCUGCUGUAGUCGAGAGAGUAAAAUUACCGGAGGGUGGAAGAGAUGAACAGAUAAUCAGGGAUCAGAGCUCAAAGCUGGUUGGAGGAGUGAAGAAUGAAAAGAUCCUUGAUUUUUCCACAGGAAGGGAAAGAAUUACAUCAGCGAGCUUUUUUAACCUACCAGAAGCUGCAGCUUUGGAGCAAAGAGAGAAGAGUAAUGUUAUUGCCGGUGCGUUUCAUUUAGCUCAGCUACCCGGAAAUGAGGAGGAAAAUCGAGGAGAUGAAAGACUGAAACCGGCGUGUACUCAAUUGAAAAGCAAAAAGACUCCUGACUUGCCUCGUCGAACUUCAAAACGGCUUGCUGGGAUUGAAGUUGGCGCAAUCCCAGAGCUAAAACCCAAUACGCGAGCAGGUCAAGCGUCAGGCGGACAGCCAGAUGAGGCAGAGACUAGUAAAGCUAGGAAUUUGGGAGAUGACUCUGCUGCUCCAGAAGUCUCUGCUAAGAAGAAACACCCACAGGAUUAUCAUAUGUCUAUUUUGAAUAGGCAUACCGAGAAGGAUUCAACUGAUAACAAGAAGGCAGAUGAGGAGCCAGGACCACCUCUUAACUUCCCUUGGAAGGACAUGUGGAUGGAUCCAUGCAUCGAGUUUGCGAUUAAAACUCUCACUGGUGCGAUGCCAAUAGAAGACGAGAACAAGCCUGAGAUGAAUCCCGGUUCUGUCCUUGAGUUGCCUUCUGGAGAUUCGUGGGGAGACCCGUGCAUCGAGUUUGCAGUGAAGACCCUCACCGGUGCCAUUCCAGUAGUCGAUGACUUGGAAAUUCAGUAUCACCUUCAGGAGCAGCUCGAUCCGUCGGGAACCAAGAGGGAUAAAAGCUCAUCAUCCCCUGACAGUGGAAACCUUAGCUUACUGAAUUCAGCUGAUGCUGGUCCUCAUUUUGGUUGCGAAGAUAACAGAGAUGAGGAGGAUUGAUGAAGACAGGACAAUCCGCCGGUUCAGUUCAUCUACUACGCUACACAACUUUCAAGUUGUGCAACGCAUCUUCAAUGUAUUUAUACCCCCUCUGGCCUCUUUUAGCUGAGUAUUUCCUCUACGUCGGUUUGGUUGUAUGAUCUUCAGGCAUUUUGAUACAUCCUCAAAUGUAUCUAGCAUUUCAAGGA